AUGGAGCAGCAGCAGGCGCUGACCCUCGGCGCGCCGCGGUUCUGCCCGCCGAACGGCACCUACGUGACCGCGGGCGGCGUCGGGGUGACGCGCACGUCCCAGGUGCUCCCGCGCGAGAUCGUCGACGAGACGGUGGAGGCGCUCGUCGACGACCUCGACGAGCGGCGGGGCGUGCUCCUCGCGAGCUCCUACGAGUUCCCGGGCCGCUACGCGCGGUGGACCGUCGGCUUCUCCGACCCGCCCGUCGUCCUCAGCGGGCGGUCGCGGGACUUCGCGCUCACGGCCCUCAACGCGCGCGGCGUCGUCAUGCUCGCCAUGUUCGAGGACGCCCUGCGCGGGGCCUCCGCGGUCGCGGCGCUCGACGCCGUCCGCGGCGCCGACGGCGACCUGGCGCGGCUCGUGGGCCGCGUCGCGGAGCCGAGCGGCGCCGUCAUGGCCGAGGAGGACCGGAGCAAGGAGCCGAGCCUGCUGAGCGUCGUGCGCUGCAUCUCCGACGUUGAAUCACCCUUUUGCUGCCCAGGCCUCUACGGCGCGCUCGGCUACGAUCUCAUGUUCCAGUUCGAGCCCAUCGAGCCGACGCUGGAGCGCAACGCGGCGCAGCGCGACGUCGUGCUCUACGUGCCCGACGAGAUCCUCGUCGUGGACCGGCGGGAGAACGCCGCGUGGCGGGUCAACUACGACUUCUCGUGGACCGUGGCCGGAGCGACGAAUAUCCUGGAAACCAAAGACCUGCCGCGCGGCGGCGAAGCGAAGCCCUACGGGUCCGGCACGCCGGCGCAGGACCGGGACGUCGAGCCGGGCGGCUUCGCGAAAUUGACGGAGCGGGCCAAGGAGGAGUUCAAGUGCGGCAACCUGUUCGAGGUCGUGCUCUCGCAAAAGUGGGCCGUCAAAUCGCCCGCGCCGCCGUCGUCGCUCUUCCGGUCCCUGCGGGAGCGGAACCCGUCGCCCUACGGGUUCCUCAUGAACCUGCGGGGCGAGGACGCCGGCGACGCGCCGGCCUGGCUCCGGGGCUACGCCAAGGGCGAGUAUUUGGUGGGCGCGUCGCCCGAGAUGUUCGUGCGCGUGGAGCGCGUCGACGGCCGGCUCCGCGUGGAGACCUGCCCCAUCUCCGGCACCAUCGAGCGCGGCGCCGACGCGCUGGAGGACGCGCUCCAGGUGCGGGCGCUUCUCGGGUCGAAGAAGGACGAAUCCGAGCUCACGAUGUGCACCGACGUCGACCGGAACGACAAGAGCCGCAUCUGCGAGCAGGGCAGCGUGGAGGUCAUCGGCCGGCGCCAGAUCGAGAUGUACUCGAAGCUCAUCCACACGGUGGACCACGUCGAGGGCUACCUGCGGGAGGGCUUCGACGCGCUCGACGCGUUCCUCUGCCACACGUGGGCGGUCACGGUCACGGGCGCGCCCAAGGCCUGGGCCGCGCGCUUCAUCGAGACGCACGAGCGGUCCGCGCGGGCCUGGUACGGCGGCGCCGUCGGCCACGUGGCCUUCGACGGGUCGCUGAACACGGGGCUCACGCUGCGGACGAUCCACAUCGCCGACGGCGUCGCGUCGGUCCGCGCGGGCGCGACGCUGCUCUACGACUCCGACGCCGACGCCGAGGAGGCGGAGACGGAGCUCAAGGCGUCGGCGAUGAUCAACGUGCUCCGCGACGCCGGCGCGACGGGCGCGUCGGGCGAGGCCUACAAGCCGCCGCCGGCCGUCGCCGCGCUCGGCGACGGCGACGCGUUCGACGCGACGACGGCCGGCGCGGGCAAGCGCGUGCUCCUCGUGGACCACGAGGACUCCUUCGUCCACACGCUGGCCAACUACCUGCGCCAGACGGGCGCGGACGUCCAGGUGAGCCGCUUCGGCGCGGCGGCGCUCGCGGCGAUCGACGGCGCGGCGUGGGACCUCGUCGUGCUGAGCCCGGGGCCCGGCCGGCCCUCGGACUUCGACCUCUCGAAGACGCUCGACGCCUGCGCGGCGACGGCGACGCCCGUCUUCGGCGUCUGCCUCGGGCUCCAGGGCAUCGUCGAGCACUUCGGGGGGACGCUCGGCACGCUGCCCGUGCCCGUGCACGGCAAGCCGGCGCAGGUGUUGUCCAGCGGCGGCCGGUGGAAGUCCUUCGACGGCCUGCCGCCCCAGUUCGACGUCGCGCGCUACCACUCGCUCUACGCGGACGACGUGCCGCCGGAGCUCCGAGUCACGGCGACGACGGACCAGGGCGACCGCAUCGUCGUCAUGGCCAUCGAGCACGCGGACCUCCCCAUCACCGCCGUCCAGUUCCACCCGGAGUCGAUCCUCACGAACCCGAGGCACGGCCUCCGCAUGCUCGCCAACUGCCUCAGGCACCUCGCCUACGACGAGGGCGACGCCGCGCGCGCCGCGGCCAGCGAGGACGUCGCCAUGGCGCUCGACUAGCCGCGCGGCGCGGGGGGCUCCCUAAGGCCCGCUCCUCGGCG